CUAUUUAGGAGAUUUUUGGUGGAGGACAAAAGGUGUCCUUGACUUAUGUGGACUUUUUCUGCCGUGGCCACAUUAUAUGAAAUAGGCAUCAAGUCAAAUUUGCUGUCUACUUUCAAUUAGCCGCCUCAUACCAAAGUUUCCCACUCAAUGAGGAAUAGUAUUACUCUAGAAGUCUUUUGUCUUGUGCAAGUUGUCUGUAUGUAACUUGAUCAGGUACUCAGUACCUGAAAUAUACCUGCCAUUUGUUUCCUCACAAGACAUCCAAGUAGUAAUUUUCUUUGUGUGCACCUUUUACCUCCUUGGGUAUUGUUCCGUUGCGUGUUAAAGUGGAGAAACGACUUGACCCUGAAUAUUUUAGUUAUGCUAUAAAGUAGAUACAUGCAUUUGUUAACUAAUAAUUAGUCUAGACGCGGUUGUAAGAUUCUUCUCACUGAUUGGCAUUUGUGAACUGUUGUUGCUUGGUACCCCAAUAAUAAUUCUGGCAUUCAUGAACUGCUGUUGCUUGGUACCCCAAUAAACUCUUGGUGUUCAUGAACUGUUGUUGCUUGGUACCCCAAUAAUACUUUUGCGUACACCACCUCCUACGAGCAUACAUCACAUCGAUUUUCCGCACAACAGCAAGCUGAGGCCAACCUGGAAAGCAAAUAGCAGAGCAACCAUGACAGAAAUUGGGGGCAUGCUUGCCUCUGCCGUCCUCAAGGUGGUGACCCAGCAGAUUGGGUCAGUCAUUGGAAGCCAAGUUAGGAUGCAGAGGAACUUCAGUGAUGACCUUGAAAAGUUGAGGAUGCUGCUGGAGUCGGUAGAGGCGGUGCUCAAGGACGCUGAGAGGCGGUCAAUCAAGGACGCGGCAGUGCGUUUGUGGCUUGAGCGCCUCAAGAAUUCCAUGUAUGACAUCUCCAAUGUGAUUGAUGAGUUUGAAGCAAACACCAAACCAGCUGCUCGAAAGUUUGCAAUUAUGGUUUCCUGUCAUACAGUUGUUUCCAAGAUUACUAUGGCUAAUAAGAUGAAGAAGAUGACAGAGCAACUGGAGACCAUCACAAGUCAACACCGGAGUUUUAGUUUCACAACAGACAUUAGGUCUAACGUGCAGCGAUUUGUUGAUGUACGGGAAACAUCUUCAAAUGUGGAAGAAGCACUCAUAGUAGGAAGAAUUGAAGAAAAACAUAAAAUUAUGGCUUCCUUAUGUAAGAGCAUGGCACAAGAGAUCAUCCUACCAAUAUAUGGCAUUGGGGGUAUUGGCAAGACAACGUUAGCACAAUGGGUUUUCAAUUGUAGCCACUUCAAAGACUAUUGCAAGGUCUGGAUUUAUGUGUCACAGAAGUUUGACUUGAAUAAAAUUGGCAACUCCAUACUUUCUCAAAUAUCGGAGGAGCAGAUCCAGAUGACUGAAAGGCAGAUGAUAAAUAAUCGCCUCGGAAAGCUGCUUGCUGGUAAGAAGAUUCUGAUUAUUUUGGAUGACCUGUGGGAGAAGGAUCCAUCUCAGCUAGCAGAUUUACAGUGUAUGCUAAAGGUUGGCGGGGGGCACAAAGUGGUUGUAGUAACCACACGCGAUGAAGAGAUUGCAAUGAAAAUGUGUACAGUUGAACCAUUCAAGAUGGAGCCCUUAACCAAUGAUCUUUGCUGGACAAUAGUCAAACAAAAAUGUGCCUUUGAAUUUAGAGCUGAUAAAGAAAGGUUGGAACUGAUAGGGAGGGAGAUCGCAAAGAAGUGCGGAGGUGUGGCAUUAGCAGCUCAAUCCAUUGGGUACAUGUUACAGUCUAUGACAUAUGAUGAAUGGAGAUUGGUGAAAAACAGUGAUAUCUGGAACAUACUUGCUGCUGAAGAUGCAUCUUCACCUCAUCACGUGCCUGCAUCAUUGAAGUUAAGCUAUAGCAGUAUGCCUCCACUCUUAAAGUUAUGCUUUGCUUAUUGUGCAACCUUUCCUAAAGGUCACAGUAUAGUUAAAGAUGAUCUGAUUCAUCAGUGGAGUUCUCUUGGUUUUAUCAAGCCAGUGAACAUAUUCUCUACGAGGCAGCUUGGUGAGAAUUAUGUUAGUCAUCUAUUGGGCAUGUCCUUCCUUCAAUAUUCCAAGUCAGAUUUGACUGGACGAUUGCACGACAAAGAUGUUACUUUGUUCACCAUGCAUGACCUGGUGCAUGACCUUGCAAGAUCAAUCAUGGCUAAUGAAGUUCUGGAUGCUAGCAAAAAUGGAAGUAUUGGGGGAAGCAGUUGCCUGUACGCAAUGCUCACAGAUUGCAGCAAGCCACUGAAUUUAUCUGUGAUCUCUCCUGCGAAGAUAAGGACUCUGCGUUUCCUGGACUGUGGAAAAAUUGUUGUUUGUGGGGCUGCAUUUUCGUCAGCUAAGUACCUGCGGGUCUUAGACUUAAGUGAAUGCUCCAUACAGAAGUUGCCACAUUCUAUUGGUCGACUAAAGUAUUUGAGAUAUCUUAAUGCUCCACGCAUGCAAGAUCAAAUGAUCCCCAAGUGUAUCACAAAGCUCUCAAAAUUAAACUACCUCAACUUGCGUGGAUCUUCUAAACUUUUAGCACUGCCUGAAUCAAUGGGUAAUAUCGAAGAUCUGCUGCAUCUCGAUUUAUCGGGUUGUUGGAGAAUAGAAAAACUCCCGAAAUCAUUUGUAGAGCUCACAUCAUUGGUACAUCUAGAUUUAUCGCAAUGUUAUAUGGUUGAUGGUAUUCCGGAAGCUUUGCGAGUCUUUACCAAACUCCAAUAUUUGAAUUUGUCACUGCGCUAUUGGAUCCAAGCAGACAGGCAGCAUCUCAGAGGGCUACCAGAAGUCAUUGGCAAUCUCACCAAACUCCGAUAUUUAAAUCUAUCAUGGUGCAUGCGUGCUAUCUUUGCUGUCCCAUCAACAGAUAAAAUUAACAGUUCCCCUGGCCGGUGUUCUAUCUCUGAGAAUUCAUCAACAGAUCAAACUGACAGUUUCAUGGACCAUAUCUCUACACUUUCCAAUCUAGAGCAUCUGGACUUGUCUGAGAAUAUAUAUCUUGUUAGUAUACCUGAAUGUGUAGGCAGCCUUAGGAAGCUACACACACUGGACCUUUCAGGGUGUGAUGAAUUAGCAAGGCUUCCAGACAGUAUGGUUGAAAUGGAUAGUCUGAAGAUUCUAAAUGUAAAGGGCUGCCACGAACUGGAUAAUUCCAUUCUCUUUCGCUUCAACCUUUUCGCCUUGUUGCCACACUUUGUGGUGCAUGCCGGUGAUGGCGAAUCUAGCAGCAACUUUGUCCUGCUUCAGCAUGCAAAUCCUGAUGAACUGCAGAUAAGUAGAAUUGAAAAUGUGAAAUCUACGGAAGAGGUUCAGAGUAUAAAACUGGUGGAAAAACAAAGAAUAGUAGAAUUGAAAUUAGAAUGGACUGCAUAUGCUGAGAAGUUUGUGGAUGACUUGGAAGUGUUGGGAGAGUUAGUGCCACCGAGCACUUUAAAGAAAUUUGAGAUACAAGGUUAUAAUUGUGUCGACUUUCCAGCUUGGGUAUUGGAUAUUAGUCAUUACCUCCCAAAUCUUGUCAGCAUUAUGAUGGUGCAUUUGCCCAAAUGUAAUAACCUACCACCACUUGGCCAAUUACCAAACCUACAAUCAUUGGUACUUGAAAGAAUGCACAACAUUAUGAAAAUUGAUGAGGGCUUUACUGGUGGGGCGAGAGCAUUUCUUCGACUGGAGAGAUUAGAACUAACUGGUAUGGAAGGUCUGGAAGAAUGGACCACAAUAUACUCCAGUGGUGAGGAUGGUACGAACAAGCUCAUGUUCCCCAACCUUGAGAUAUUGAGGAUACGUGACUGCCCUAAGUUGAGGUUGAAACCUUGUCUACCUAGAGCUGCCUACUGGGUGAUAUGGAACAGUGAUAAUGUACUAUUGACACAGGGAGAGAGUGUGACGUGCACCAGUGCUUCCUCUUCUCCAGUAACUACAUUGGAUGUUGGGUCCUGCGAGCUGCCUCUGCAUCAGUGGAGGUUACUUCACCACCUCCCUGCGCUCUGUAAAUUAACUAUCAGCGAUUGCAAUGAUCUGACCAGCUCUUCAGACAUCAUUCGAGCUCUCUCCUCCCUCCAAUCACUGCAUAUCUCCUCUUGGAGAAGUAUGGCAUCACUCCCACUGUGGUUAGGAGAACUCAACUCUCUCAAGAAAUUUGAGAUCUGGGGAUUCAAGGGUAUUGGAGCUUUUCUAGAGAUCAUACAGCAGCUCACCAACCUCAAAGAACUACAAACAGUUUUUUGUCCUGAAUUAAAGCAGUGGUGUGAAUCAAAGGAGAACAAGCUGAAACUCGCUCACAUAAAAGAAACGAUUCUUUGGUAGUUUUAGCAAUCCAGAUAAUGCCUUGCACACACCAGGCUCUAGGGAUAGGAGCAAAUUGUGGAUCAUUAAAAUUCAAACGUUAUAAUGAGAAUCAUCAGUUGGAAUAGGAUUAUAAGAUGUGGUGCACCCUCCAUUUGAUCCAAUCUUGGAGUUACGAUAUGAAAGGUAAAAAAGGGCAGGAAGUAUCCAAGCAAUGAUCCAAUAGUCAAUGAAGUCAGCCUUUUCUUUAAUAAAAAAGAGUUCCGCAAAAAGAGAGUCAAGAUCUACUCAAGAAAGGGGAACAGCACAAAGAACUCCAUGGACAGAUAAGUGUAAGUGACAUGCGUAUUGGUCCACCCAUUGCCCAGCAUUGCAUCAAAAGGAAAAGAUACAAUCUCAAGAAGGCCACAGCCUACAACAACAAUGGUAGAACCUUCAGACCUCAAACCCUGAUAUUGCAUCAUGCGGCGCCUCUGGGAACAUAGAAGAACCUGGCACCACUUAAGCCGUCUUCGGAAAGUUCUGUCCAAUCGCAACAUAAGCUUAGGAGAACACGAAAUUCUUGGACCCUCUGAAUAAGCAACACAGAAGCAACAAAAGCUGUAGAGCAAACACAAGGAAGAAAGAUCAUGGAUCUUAUAAGAGCCUCGAAGCAAGUGACACUUAAAUGGUGGCAGUUAGACUAUAAAUACUAUCCUUAGGGUAUAUACGUACUUUAGAUGUGAUCUGAAGCUGAGUUUUGCUGCUUAACGUACUUCUUUUUCCCUUUGUCAUGAUCCAUAACGUAGGGUUAGCCCUUGUGCUGGGAAAAGCUACCUUACAGGACCCUUUCUUACAGACCCCUUUCUUUCAAUAUCGGUUGACACGUGCCUCUGUGAAAUACAUAGCUUCCAUCAAGAGAAUUGU